AUGGACCCGAUAAACGUGCCAGGCAUACUCUCAGAUGAGCCACAAACAAGCGGCAGUGCAGAGACGAUCCGGCAGCUACCCCUGCAUAUCGCGGCACGCCUGCACACUGCGGACGUGAACACCAGUACGCCGUCUUCCCCACGCCUCUCGCUGCCAGGAUCUCCCGUCAGCUCAGUUCCGUCGCCGUCAAGUCCGUCGGGCGAGUCCAUAUCGUCGCUGCCGUCCGUGUCCUCGUCGUUCCUGUUCUCGUCCGUCCCAGCGAGCCCCCCACAUCUCGGGCUGCACCAUGGCCCGCAUGGGCACGAGCUAGGGGACAACAGCCUCAUCAUACCCUCGCUUACACUUCCCUCUCCCGUGCGCCGCCCGACGUUGUACGGCCAGGCUCUCGGCGAGGUGCGCCUGCUCGUGCUUGGCGGCGCGGGAUGCGGCGCAGAGGCGGUUGCGCAGAUGUUCGCCGAAGAGGAGUGCGAGGACAUCGUUGAAGUUGGGCAAUGGGAAGAAGUUGAGAUCGCAGCAGAAUACCAUGUGCGUGCGAGGGUCCUCAGGUUAUCAACAGAUUGGAUCGAAUACCGAGAUGCCCACGGUCUCGAGAAGCACGAGCCGAGCAGGAACGUGGAGGUCGUGCUGCUGCAGGACUAUGGGCCAGAUAGCGAUCUAAGCGAAGUGCUGCGUUCUACCUUGUCUGUUGUGCACGCUCCUUUCAGUGCUCUCGUACCUGUGCUGCAUCCUCACCAGUCCCCUAAUGUGCUCCUCGCGAACCUCCUGGCCUCCUCUGCGUCCCCCCUCUAUACAGCAAUGGCCAUUGUUCCAUCGAAUUGCGUGACGUCGUUCGAGCACAAGCUCAUCUCAGAGCUCAGCGCACAUGUACCUCUCGUAGUCUUACCUGACCAUCAACCCUCGUCUACUCAAGUACCGACGCUCCAUUCGCACCAAUCACCCUACUCUCGCAGGCCGUCUCCGCAGGAAUUCCAUCCUACUGGCCUCUCCGAUGCCUUACGGGCGAUUAAACUAGCAUCCAUUCAUCCGCAAUCUGCCCAUGCUCUCCGCACUUGCAUCUUGCGCUCGCCGGAGGCUCUGUCGGCCCUUCGACUCGAGGCUGCGGAGCGGUUUAUGCGUUGGAGAGAGGUGGAGCGUGCUGUCGGCCAUGUUCUGGGCGACACGACUCCGUCGUCCGAGUCGGACUCCGUAGAACAUACCCCCGUCGCCCCAAGAGUCGAAGACCCCGGCAGACGCAGGUGGCCUACUGGAUCGCAGAGGUGGAACAAGGCGCGAUGGGAAGAGGAAUGGGAAGGUAGUCUCGCGACUGAUGUUGCGAAGACCUUACGGGCUCGAAGAGUCAAGGGGAUGGGAAGGAGGUCGACGGUCCGGGCUCCCGCACGCCCGCGCUUGUCACCGAAGUGCGCGGACGUCGCAGUCGAAACCACAAUUUUCGUGGAUCAUGAUGAAGCUCCUUCGAACGCACAUUUCGAUCCACUUCAUCUACCGUCGCUACUGGCAUUCUCUAUAUCCCUGUUCGGCCCGCUGAAGACAAGAAUCGCACGCAUCUUUACCCCCACCCGCACGAAUACCCAGAUUGCCGGGCUUGGUGCCAUGACGGAAGCACGUGGAAGGGGGCUUGAUGCUGGAGGGACGACUUUGUUUUUGGUUGGCGCGUUCUGUGCCGGCGUCGGUGUUGGCGUGCUGCUGUCGCGCGGGAUCAUGUAG